AUGCUCGCAAGAAAAAGAAGAAAUUUGAAAGAUGAGUAUGUUCAAUUUCUUUCAACUCCAGUCGAAAAGAGACUAAAAGCUAAUCAAUUCUAUGAGAACUUGCGACACUUUUAUAGAAGAAAAUGGGGAUGUUCUCUUCGUAUACCUUAUGCAAAUGGGAAGGAGUUGGAUCUUUAUGAGCUUUAUGAUGCUGUUGUUUCUCUUGGUGGAUGGCAGAAAGUUACUAAUUUUGAUCGAUGGGGGGAAGUUCUCCAGAAAUUGUCAAUUUCUGAAAAUAUUCAAAUGGCUGAACAUGCUGUUCGUAUUAUUUAUAUGCAAUAUUUAUGUAAAUUUGAACAAAAUGAAAGUGGCGGAGAUAUUGUUGAAGAACACGAAAAUGAAUUGAUUGGAAUUAGAUCUGCUCGAUUGAAAGGAAUGAUAGCAAUGCCUUCUUAUAGUGAACCACCAAUGAGUGUUUUUAGAUCCUCUGAUAAUUUUCCUCCUCUCGAUUUCCACAAAUUAGUUUUUUCUCUCCUCAGUGGAUUACCAAAUGAAGUUGCUUUUGCAUUAAAUGUGCUUACAAUAAUGUCACAUCCAGGACCAUUUGUCUUAAAUUUCGAGAAUUGCCCAAAUAUCAUUGAUUUGUUGGUUUCACUUAUUGGCAUUAAAGUGGACUUACUAGGUGCUGCUCCAUCAAAUUUGUAUAAAUGGUGGGAAGAAACAAGCAAUUACGAUUUUACAAAAUUUUGGAAAUAUUCUGGAAUUGAUGAAGGGAUUUUUAAUUCUUGGAUUUUUAGUUCAGAACAGGAAACUAUGAAAUUGUCUUCUCUGUCUGAAAUAUACAAAGAUGAUAAUUUUGAUCUCACUAAACCGACAAAUUGGCGUGUUUUCAGUAUUCUUGGCAUUUUACACAAUCUUUCUUUCGAGGAAAAUAAUUUGUUGACAAUGGGAGAGAAUAAAGCUUUAUUGAGAUUACUACUUAUUUGUUGUAACUGUCGAUGGCAAUUACUUAAACGUAUAGCUUGUGAAACACUUAGCAAUAUUUCAAAAAAUAUAAACUUAAUUUCAAUUGAAGACCCUCUAACUGGUUCUGCUUUUUUCAAAUCAAUACAAAAUGGUUUAAAUUCCAAUGACCGAUUUGAAAUACUUCGAUUUAUUGAAAUAAUAGGAGGAUUAUGUCAAACAACUUUGAAUGAACCUAUUUUGUGUGAUUUUCUUGAUAAAACGAAUUUUUUCCCUCGUAUUUUCACUCUUUUAACUCUCAAAGAUAUUUUGAUUUGUAUUAUUUCAUUGGAAACAAUUUUGCAAUUAUCUGAAUUAGGAAGAAAUGCUUGUGAAUUAAUUAGUAGUUGUAAUAAAUCUGUUGAACAAUUAAUUGGAAUGUUAACAACAGAUGCAGCUUCUUUUGGACAGGCUGGCUUGUCUGGGAUUAAAGUUGUUGAAAUUAAUGGACACCAUGUACAGCCUUAUGUUAAUCCAAACAAAAAGAAACUUCAUUCAUUAAAUCAAUCCAGCCAACAUUCAAAAACAACAACACAGCAACAACAACAACCAAUAAUAACUAAUACAACAACACCAAUAAAUAAUCAUUUACCUCCUAUAACAAAUAAUAAUUUUUCUGAAUUAGACAAAUCUAUUAAUAAUAUAGCAACAACAGCAAAAAUAACAUCAAAAUCAAAAAAUAAUUCUAAUAAAAAGUGUGUUGAAGCACAAAUGCCGCAACAUAUGUGUGAAUGGAUGAUGAUGACUUUAGAUGAUACUAAUGAAGAAAUUGAACCCUGUUCAAGAUUCUUUUCUACUCCCUCGCAACUUCUUUUCCAUAUUUACGAAGAUCAUCUCAAAGCACUUGUUCAGUCGCACGCAAGUUCAGCGGCUAAAAACCCAGACAAUGUUUGUAUGAUUAGGUGUAGAUGGCCUAUGUGCGACAGUACACCUCGUACUUUGUGGUCAAUGACUACACAUUUACAGGAUGUUCAUUGCACAGAACAGAGUUUAGAAAUAAAUUUACAAAAAAGAAAUGAAUUUGGACUUGAUGAUUAUAUAAAUCAAAUUAGACAACUUUUUAAACAAAAUAGAGAACAAGGACAACAACCAGGUUAUGCACCUUUUGCUGCAUAUGAAGCAAUUAGACGGCAUGCUCUUACAAAUUUGAAGAAAGAUUUGACGGAUGACAAUGAAGGCCCAGUAACUCGCAACAUCAGACUUACAUCAGCAAUAAUUUUACGAAAUUUAUCAAAACACUCAACAUUGGCGAGGAGAAAAUUGCAAAGAUUUGAAGGAUUUUUGAGGUAAUUGUUAAUAAUUUAUCGAAAUUCAUUUUUAAGAUGUCAAAACUGGUUAGCCAUUCAAUGGGGAGGAGGGGGAGCUGUUUAAGCGAUACCCCCUAUAAGACUCAAUUUUUCAACGAUUGUAUUAUGAAAUUCGGGUAAAACUAAGUGAGAUUUGGUAUUUAAUUUGGAAUUUAUUACUUUCUACCAUUCUUACUUUCUUUUAUUACUUUAUUACUUUCUACCAUUCUUCAAACGAUCGACCAAUUUCCGCUAGCCCCACUCCACUUACACCCAAAUCUAUUCCCCAUUCUUUUAAAUAGGCAAGUCUUCUC